AUGAAGGGAGAGCCUCGGCUCCACGCUCCACACAUGUCUCAGGGCGUUUGCCCCGAACACUCGCAGGAGCUCCGGCUCUUCUGUCAGGACGACGAGCAGCUGGUGUGUCUGGAGUGUGUGUCUCGGCUGCACCGCACACACACCUUCAGCUCCCCCAGCAAGGCUGCCGAGCGGCGCAGGGACAGCAUCAGAUCCAUGAUGAGGACACUAGCAGAUCAGUUGGAUGUUGAUAAAAUCCUCUGUGGUGAAGCUCUUGCUCACAUUAAGGCCCAGUCUGAGGAGACGGAGAGGCAGAUAAAGGAGGAGUUUGAGGAGCUCCGGCGGUUCCUGAGGGGAGAGGAGGAGGCGCGGAUAGCCGCCCUGAGGGAGGAGGAGGAGAGGAGGAGAUGGAGGCUGAUGAAGGAGAUGGGAGAGAUGGAUGAAGCCGCCGCUACUCUGGAGAGAAAAGCUGGACUGAUCGAGCUGGAGAUGGGAGCUGGUGACAUCACCUUCCUACAGAAUUGUAAAGACCUGAAACAAAGAGUCAGGUCCUGUCUGCCAGAUCAUGCCCUGAGCUCAGCAGCUCUGAUAGAUGUGGCCAAACACUUGGGGAACGUCCGAUUCAGAGCCUGGGAGAAGAUGAAGAACAUCACCCCAUACAUUCCUGUGGUUCUGGACCCAAACACGGCCCACCGGUUCCUCCACCUGUCUGAGGACCUGAGCCGGGUCUGGGACAGCGGAACCAGCACCGACCUGCCCGACACCCCUGAGCGGUUCUGGGAGUACGAGGAGGUUCUGGGUUCCGAGGGCUUCUGCUCCGGGAGGCGUUGCUGGGACGUGGAGGUGGGCGGGGCUGAGAUCUGGAUAGUGGGUGUGGCCAAGGAGUCAUGUGAGAGGAAGGGGAAGUGCAAGACGGUGCCAGAGGAGGGGUUCUGGGUGAUCCACCACAGAGAGGGCAGGUACAGCGCUCUCACAUCAACAGACGUGAACAUUCCGCUCCAGACUGACCAGAAGCUCCAGAGGAUCCGGGUGGAGCUGGACUGGGAGAGGGGUCAGGUGACCUUCUCCAACCCUGACGACGGCACGCACUUACACACCUACACACACUUACACACCUACACACACACCUUCACCGAGAGGCUCUACCCGUACUUCUACACGCAGUGUAAACAGCCACUGAAGAUCCUGCCCGUCCAGGUCUCUGUUUGUGUGAGCGUUUGAUUUGG